AUGGCCAACAUCCCCACCGCCGGCAUCAUCGUCAUUGUCAUCGUCGCCUGUCUCGCCGUCGUCUCCCUCGGCGCCGCCCUCUUCAAACACUAUGCUCCCGACGGUUCCGGAGACCGCUUCCACUACUCCCCCGAGCAGCAACAGUACAUGCGGGCCAUCCGGCUGAAGACUCUGGGGCAGUAUCGAAGAGAGUCGAUGAUGAAAGAUGUUGAGUCGGGGUGUACGCCUUAUUUUCGUGCUGACUUCGUCGCGCUACUAGACCCUACCCCACGCUCGGUCCACAGCGAUCGAUCGAUCGAUACGAUUCAUGAUUAUGUCUGA